ACGUGCUAGGAAACGUGCCACCUCACUGAGAAACCCUUGGAGUGAUGCUCCAGGGUGGGUCUUGGAGGCAGAAAGUGUGGUGGGGUCUGCUCCUCCAGCCCCUGCUCCUGGUGCAGCAGCAGGCAGGGGGGAGCAGGGCCAGCCCUGCCUUGGGGUUUGGGGGCCAGCCCUGCUUUGGGGCCCCCAGCAGCACAGAAGAGCAGGAAGGCACCUCUUGUGACACAGGCAGAGCAGACCACAGCAGAGAGAGGAACCAGUACGACGCAGGAAAGGAUGGUUUCAUUGACCUGAUGGAGCUGAAGCUGAUGAUGGAGAAGCUGGGGGCACCACAGACACACCUGGGCCUGAAGAACAUGAUCAAGGAAGUGGAUGAAGACCUGGACAGCAAGCUCAGCUUUCGGGAGUUCCUGCUGAUUUUCCGGAAGGCAGCAGCAGGUGAGCUGCAGGAGGACAGUGGGCUGCACGCCCUGGCCCGGCUCUCCGAGAUUGAUGUCUCCACGGAGGGGGUGAAAGGUGCCAAGAACUUCUUUGAGGCCAAGGCUCAGGCCAUCCACGAAUCCAGCCGCUUUGAGGAGGAGAUCAAGGCAGAGCAGGAGGAGAAGAAGAAGCAGGCUGAGGAGCUGAAGCAGAGGAAGGCAGCCUUCAAGGAGCUGCAAUCCACCUUCAAGCAGUGACCGGGCUGGGCAGGACUGGAACGUGGUGCCCGGGGGCCGGGAAUACCGGGAAUGCUGUGUGUGCCGGGUGGUGUGGGAGCACUGCCCGGGGCUCCCCGAAGAGGAGAGGGCUCCGGGCACAGCCUGGUCAGCCCCAGCUCCCCCCCCUGCUCUGCUGUCUGUAGGUGUUAUUCGUGCCCCCCCCCCAGCAUCUCCCCACCCUUCCCCGAGGGGCAGCAGCGCCCUGACCCCUGCCCACGGCUGCCCCGGGGGUUGUUGCCACCAAGGGGGCCAUGCCUGGAUGACUGUCCCCCGCCCCGGGACAGCUGUUCCCCAGGAUGACUGUUCCCCAGGAUGACUGUUCCCCAGGAUGACUGUCCCCACGUCGCUGCCAGGGUUGCAGGGCAGGGGGUGGCCCGGGUGGGGGUCAGGGUGGCCGUGGUGCCUGUGGGUGCUGCCACCUGUGGCUGAUUCACACCUCGAGGCUCAUGCCAAAAAAACCUGUGUGUGUGUCUGUGUGUGUGUCUGUGUGUGUGCAGGGGGUACAACCCCCCCAGCCCCCCCUUACCUGCAUCUAUUUUGGUCCAAGAGGCAGGGACAGGCUCCCCAAGUCAUUCCAUGGUUUGGCAGUGGGUGGAGGCUCCCGUGGCUGUGGGUGCUGUAAGAGGUGUCUCUGUCCUGCCCCCCAACACCGUGUCCCACCCCCCCCCUUGUGGUUCCCAGGGAUUGUGGUUUGGUUUUGGUGGUUCGUUUGGUUUUUUUAAUUUGGAUCCCAAAUAAAUAUUAUCUUUCGUAA